UUUUUCUCGCUGGUAUGUGACCCUUUCGUUUCCGGUUAGUUUUUUGCUGCGCACGUUGUUGCAAAUUGAGGAUUAAAAUUUUUUUUUUGCUCUCUCUUCAUGUCGCGACAUCAAUGACAGCGCAAUAGGUCCUUUCGUCUUCUUUUGGUAGCUGUAGCAUUCUGCAGCAUAGGAGCCUCAGCACAUAGGGAGGAAGCUCUGCUGAUUGGCAUAUCAAGAAAAAGAAAAAUAUCAGGGGAAACGGGCACGGAUCAAGGAAUGAACAGAUGGCAAGACUGAAGAAACAGGUUUGCCGAGUGGUGCUGGAUUACUUUGAUAAAACAUACACCAAUGAACUGGGGGAUCAGUGGCAAACAGUCAAGGAGGUGCUGACCACUCCUGGCCUCUGGCAGUAUGCAGUGUUACUGAAUAAUUUCCAAUGCAGUUUAGAGACCAAGAAACAACUAUUGCUACAUGGAUACCAGCAGCUCACUCAUCAUACCUUUCCAGAAUCAUUGAACUGCUAUAUCAAUAGGAAUCCUGGAAAGUUUCCUUCUCAGCGCCAUCAGACCGGCAGGAUUAAAGGCUAUUACAUACUGAAUGCCUCUUCCCUUCUGCCUGUACUGGCACUGGAUGUCAAGCAUGGAGAAAGCGUUCUGGAUAUGUGCGCUGCCCCCGGUGGCAAAUCUGUAACACUGCUGCAGUGUGCAUCACCAGGGCAUCUUCAUUGUAAUGAGCCGGAUAUCCACAGAUCCCGAUGGCUGAAGGAGACAUUAGAAUCCUUUGUGCCAGCGUCCCAUAUGAAUGCCAUCUCUACUUCUGAAUUGGACGGGAGACUCAUAGGAAAGGCCCACGCCAAUUUAUAUGACAAGGUCUUAGUAGAUGUCCCUUGUUCCAAUGACAGAAGUUGGCUGUUCUCCUCUGAUGCUGAACAAGCAGCAAGACGAAUAUCAGAAAGGAAAAUCCUCCCUGCAAUACAGACAGGGUUACUCAGGUCUGCAAUCCAUGCCCUUCGCCCCGGAGGAUCAGUGGUGUAUUCUACGUGUACAUUAUCGAAGGCAGAAAACAGUUCCGUGGUUUCUGAUGUUUUGAACUCUUGUAGGGAUGUCCUCCCUGUGGACCUGAGUGACAUGGCCAAUACAUUAUCCCACGAGUUCACAUUUGCGACACAUAUACCUCAUGGACUUUUAGUUCUCCCACAUAAAGGAAAAGCCUGGGGACCUAUGUUUGUAUCAAAGUUAAUAAAACUAUAGUUCUAGUAUUUAUAGUCAGUAUAGAUUAAUAAAAUCUAUUUGACUGCCUUUGACUUAAUAGUUUUAACAAAAAUGUUUUGUUUUUGAGAAAUUUUUUUGUUUCUUUUUUUCUGUAAACUUCCAUAUUCCUUGUGAUUGAGAUUCUAUAUACUGUCCAUAGAAACAAGUGUGUCAUUUGUUAAUGGGGCGCCAGUAAGCAUUUAAAGAGUACCUGUCACCAAGUAAACCUUUUAAGAUAGUGUUCUUCAUGUAAUUUCCAGACACUUUCCCAUUCACUUUAUUUUAAAAUUAUUCACAGAAAUACAUUUAAACUGUGAUUGAAAAAACGGCCCUAGGUGGCAUGGUUCUGAUUCUUGCCGCAAUAUAUGCAGUGAUUUCGGUCUGCUACCAGCCUGGCAGGAGUGAGCGAAGGCACUGCUUUCAAUCA